AGUGUUUCUAAUAGCGAGGCAGGAAGGGAAGUCCUUCAAAAUGGUCCGUGUGGUCCAGGAAUGGAUAUUUAUGGUCAUAUUUUUGGGCCCACAGCUGAUGAGACGAUUCUUGUUGGAUUGCAAUUGAUUCGUAGAGCGGGUUGCCAACCAAGCAACAUGGAAAUUGUACCUGUUGAAUCUGUUGAGAUAUCAGCCGAAUCUAUUGCGAUACCUGUCGAACUAGUUUCGAAACCCGUUGAACCUGUUCCGAUACCUGUAGAACCAGUUUCAAAACCCGUUAAACCUGUUCCGGUACCGGUCGAACCAGUUUCAAAACCCGCUGAACCUGUUCCAAUACCUGUAGAACCAGUUUCUAAACCCGUUGAACCUGUUCCGAUACCGGCCAAACCAGUUUCGAAACCCGUUGAACCUGUUCCGACACCUGUCAAACCAGUUUCGAAACCCGUUGAACCUGUUCCGAUACCUGUCGAACCAGUUUCCAAACCCGUUGAACCUAUUCCGAUACCUGUCGAACCAGUUUCGAAACCCGUUGAACCUGUUCCGAUACCUGUCGAACCAGUUCCGAUGCCCGUUGAACCUAUUCCGAAACCAGUUAGCCAACCUUUGAGACCCGCCAUCCCAAGCAAAACAGUAUCCGAAGAACCCAUUUCUAAACAACCCACCACUGCUGCAGUAGUGCCUUCCGAAGAUCCAACCAUCGAAGAACCUAGUAUCAGCGACCACGAAAUCAGAGAUGAAUCCUCACAAACCGAAUAUUCAUCGGCUGUAAUGGAAACAAAGGAUGAUACUCUGAGCGAUGUAGGCUCCCAGACAGCUUCAGAAUUUUCUGUGGUGUCUGUGGUUUCGAAUGCUCAAUCUCAAACUGAGACACACAACGAGGUCCAAGAAGUAAUAGAAAAAAUCAUUGAUACAAAACUGAGUGUAGGAAAUGAAGAAGGCAAAAAGUCCAAUGAAGACAAAAGUUGGUUUUAG